CGGGAGUGGCGGGAGAUACACGCGGAGGGCCUCGGCGUCCUUCCCCCGGGGUGGCCCUGCGGGUCGCCAGGACUGAGCUGCCGGCCGCCUCGGGCUUUCUGUCACGGCGCUUCGCGUGAUUCCCAUCGCUCUUCCAGCAACAGCGUCCAGGGGGCUCCCCCUGCGCGUCCGCACGCCCAGGCCACGGGUGAACUUGCAUUCCGAGGGGAGGGAUUGAAUGAAUCCGAGAGAUGGGGAUGGCAAAACAGAAGAGAAAAGUUACCGAAGUGACAGGGAAAAAGAAUAAAAAAUUGAAGAAGGCGUCAGCAGAAGAGAUACUACUGGCACCUGAUGCCACACAGGGCACCAAGGAAGCGCGUCCCGAGGGAGGAGCAGCGUGCAGGGACCCUGAGCUGUCCCCAGAGCUGUCCCCGGAGGAGAAGAGGGUCCUAGAGAGGAAGCUGAAGAAGGAGCGGAAGAAGGAGGAAAAGAAGCGCCUGCGGGAGGCGGGCCUGACCACGGCCCAGAGCCUGCCAGCCAAGCGCUCAGGUGCCCAGCUGGCGCUGGACUACCUGUGUGGCUGGGCCAAGAACCACGAAAACUGGAGAUUUCAGAAGACGAGGCAGACCUGGCUCCUGACGCACAUGUAUGAUGGUGACAAGGUCCCUGAGGAGCAGUUCCCCAUCCUGCUGGCCUACCUGGAGGGGCUGAAGGGCCGGGCCCGCGAGCUGACCGUGCAGAAGGCAGAAGCCCUGAUGCGGGAGCUGGACGAGGCGGGCGCUAGCGGCCCAGACUCCCUCCUGCUGGACAAGACCCAGCGCGUCCGGCAGGUACUGCAGCUGCUGUCCUAGGGCGGCCGGCGGGUGAGGACUGCCACACGGCGAAGGUGGCCCUGCAGCUGACCGCUCCUUCCAGCCGAGGGAACGUCUGCUGCUCUGCCAGGGAGCCAACCUUCCUGCCAGCUGUGGUCCAUCCGUGCUGGGCUGUGGGAAGCCCCCGGCUCUGGGCCCCGUGCAUCAGUCCAGGGUUCUCUCCUGUGCAGACUGCACAUUUCCUAGUCACCAGCCCGCCCUCACUGAGACUCCUGGGCUGUGUCCGUUCCAUGUCCUGCCUCCUUCCUCAGACCAUGGCACGGCCUCCUGCCCAGUUACAGGGAAAACCUGCUGUUUUCAAUAAAAGCAGCCCAGGUCGGCUGUGUCUCCUG